AGAGGAAAUAGGCGCGCUUUUUGUCCUGUCUCUCAAAUCCCACUUUCUUUCCACUUGGAAUGGCUGAAAAAAUUAAGAAAAUCAAUGAGUCUCUUGAUAAACUCCAAAAGAAUGUAGCUUGGCUUCAGCUUAUUAAAUCUAGUGAAGAAACUCAUCCCACUGUGAAGCAAUAUCCUAAGACAGACUCUAUAAAUGAUUGUUCCAAAGUUGUAGGAAGGCAUAAUGAUGUCUCAAAAAUUGUCAACAUAUUGUCUGAAAAGAGGAGUCAACAUUGCCUUGCUGGCAUUACGAUGGUAGGCAUGGGGGGAAUAGGAAAGACAACACUAGCAAAAUCAAUAUGUGAAAAGGUAAAAGAACAAAAGAGUUAUGAUCAGGUGGCUUGGGUGUGUGUAUCUGAAAAUUUUGAUGAACAAAUAAUUUUUCAACAAUUGUUUGAAUAUUUUGAUGUAAGUGCCAGUCAAAUGAGUAAUUAUGAUGCACUUCUUCAAAAGCUUGAGAAGGAGUUAGAGAAGAAAAUUUUCCUUCUUGUUCUCGAUGAUGUGUGGAAUGAUGAUAGAGACAAGUGGAAGAGUUUUAGUUCUCAUUUGUUAAAAAUUUUAAAAACCACUGGGAACUCCAUUCUUGUGACAACUCGCAGUGAUAAGGUAGCAUCUAUAAUAUCAGAGACACUUCCUAUGCAGAAGCAUGACAUGGUUAAUCUAUCAGAUGAUGAAUGUUGGUUGAUAAUUAAGGAUUUAAUUCUUAGAUCGUCCACAAAAACUUCAUUAUCUUCAAGUUUAGAAGACAUUGGAAUGAAAAUUGCCAAAAAAAGUGGAGGGCUGCCAUUAGUUGCAAGUGUCAUUGGAGGAACAAUGGGUCGUGAAUUGAGGGAAGAUAAGUGGCAAGAGAUCCUACAUAAAAGCCUUAAGCCAAUGGAAGAUAUAGGCAAUGACUACUUCAAUGAGUUGUUGUCCAAUUCUCUAUUUCAAGAUAUUAAAUGGGAUUUGUAUGGGAACAUUGAAUCUUGCAAAAUGCAUGAUCUAGUGCAUGAUCUUACAUUGCUUGUUUCAAAAGGUGAAACCUUGAUUUGGGAAACUAGUUGCAACAUUGAUGAUCAGAAUUUUAGUACUAUUCGACAUUUAAGAGUCAAGUCUGCUGGAAAGGAUCUUCCAACCAUUCCAAAAAGUAUUGCUCAAAGGUUGCAUUCUUUGUUUUCGAAGGUUGGUGUCUUUUGCAGCAUGGCAUCAGAUCUUAAAAGCUUGAGAUCUUUAAAAGGAUUUCCAAACAUCCUGAAAAAUGAAUAACAAAAUAGUUAUUAAUACAUUUAUACAAAUAAU